AUGUUGACACUAAAGGGCGUGUUCCAAUAUGGAAGACAAAAUUACGUUAGAUGUCUUAUAAGCGUAUCAAACUUACUGGUACGAAUUGCUCGUGUUAUUGUGGAAGAACAGCGAACAAUGCUGUUUCGUCUUCUACUUGCAACAGCUGUGGUCAUUAAAGCCGCCAUAGUGCAUCCGGAUACUCCAAAUUACCUAUCGAGGAAGCUUCGUGACCUUCGAAUGUCAUUGACGGAUCGAGUUGGAGAGUUCCUUGCCGCUUAUCCCCAACGGAUGUUCUCUGCCAUGGAACUGCAAGGUGUUCUAUCGUACAUGAUCCAGCCGUAUCUUGUUGAUGCGAAGAAUAACCGAGAUGAGCCAAUCGUUGUCGCACCCAUGUCCAUAAUCAAAAUGCUAGCUUCAGUAUGCGCUUAUCCGUCGCACUACCAUUUGUUAGCACUUCGCUUCGCGUGGAAUGAACGACGUGGAACCUUGAUAGAGUUACUCGUAUCGCCGCUCUCCUGGGCAGGAUUAACCCCGCAUAUGUUGAAUACCAUCCGAAAAGCCCUUCUAAAUCUUCUCACCUUGGCAGAUGAACAGCUAAAUUAUACUGACUUGGAUUACGAAAACAUUCCUUUGGAAAAAAGCAGAAAUUAUGGUACUUCACUCGUUGUUGCACACAUCCAACCAAUAAUCCAAUUCCUUGCGGAUGCUGUAAACUCUUCUGAGAUGAAAUUCAGUCAGAGCAAUUUGGACUUAUUGAGCAAACUUUCAAUCUACACCCCUGAUGGAGACCUCGCUCGCAACAUGGCAUCCACUAUCUUGGGACACCUGGAAAGAAAGUUACCAAGAGAAGCAACUUUGAAGAAAUUGCUGGAUGUUCUUGGAAGUUUGAUGAGAACCGUAAAGGGAUCGAAGGAAUUCUUGAGACGCGUUGGUCCUUUAUUCUCCAAGGUAGAGGGUCGCACGUGUCGCGAGCCAUUAGUACGGAUAGUGGAAGGACUGCAGGCGAAUCCAGAGGUCAGCGACGAUAUCAAAGAUCUGCUGGGAUUAGUGUCUGAUCUUGAAAGCUGGGAUCGAAGUCGUGUGGAUGAGCCGGACCAGGAUCGACGUCAUGCUGCUUACGCUAGGCUAAACGAUGUAUGGCGUGCUGAAAAGAUCGUCAGUUUGGACGUUUUGCGGAUAUUCGUGCACGCUCAUUUCCACACUUAUAGCACUGUCAACGAUAUAUCGUUGCGUACAUCGUCGGCAGCGAAUCUACGCUAUCUAAUAGUAUACUUUGCGAGAAGCGCUUAUGAGGAAAAGGAGAAAACGCUUCUCCUCAAUUCGGACCUCAUUCAUGUUGUAUCCCUUGGGCUGCGGUCUCAGAAAGAUAUAGUGCGAGAAGAAUCCGUAAAAUGUCUCGUUUCACUAAUUGAUGGAUUCAUUGAGCAUAACCAUUUGAAACAAUUGGCUCAAUUGCGAAAUACAGAAGAGGAUUUGGAUUUUUUCACCAAUAUCAUUCAUAUUCAGUAUCACCGACGCCAACGCGCUGUACAUCGCCUUGUUGAACAAUUAAGCGAUGGAAAGGUAACUAUUUCCUUCGAAGUUCUCAAUAAGUAUCUUAUUCCGAUAGUUAUUCCAUAUCUUACCAACACCGAUAGCAAGCUAUCUGCGUUGUCUGACGAAUGCCUUCGUCUUCUCAAAUACACGAUGGAAACGGCCUCUUGGUCAAAAUAUUUGUCCUGCUUGGAAUCGUGGUUAAAGCAUUUGAGCCAACAAGAGGAUAAUCAGAAAGCUAUCGUUAGAAUUAUCGUUGCUGUUGUGGACGCAUUCCAUUUUGAAGUCGCGGAUGGUGAUGAAACUGUUAAUGAGGAAAGAAGCAACGAUUUACGUAUAUCUGUACGCGACAAGCUGAACAAGGAAAUAUUGCCAAGGCUUACGAAAUGCAUCAAUGGAAAAUCUGCUGAGUUAGGUGUCCAUCGAAAAGCUCGUACAGCCACCACUAAACAAUAUAAUGAAGAUGACGAUAUACAACGCGCUCCGGUUGCUCUGGCCACCGUGAAAUUACUGCAGAAGGUCCCGGAUAGUAUUCGUUCGCAGUAUUUGCAUGGAGUAGUAUUGAAGCUGUGUUCUCUCAUGAUCUCUCGUUCAAUGAACGUUCGGGAGACAGCUCGGAAGGUCACUGUUCAAGUUUGUGAGUGUCUUGGUCCACGAUAUCUGUCGGUUAUCAUCAAAGAAAUGAAGCUUAUUAUGAACAAAGGUUUCCAGGUACACGUUAUGAUUUAUACAGCUCACACUUUACUGGCAGCAAUGCGUGAUGUUCUCAAGCCUGGCGAUAUGGACGCUUGUCUUGACGACAUUCUGGAUAUUAUUGUCCAAGAGCAAUUCACAGCCGUAGCGGAAGAGAAAGAGGUCGGAGAAAUAAAGGCAGAAGUUAGUGAAGCAAAGAAGAAUCCAACUCCAGGAACGUUAUUAUUGUUAGGACGAUUUGUUUCUCCUUCAGCUGUAGGAUUUUUCCUGAACCGUUUCAUGACUAUUGUUGACUCCUUGACUUCCGCAAAAAUGAUCUCACGUGCAAGAAAUCUGCUUUCAAUGUUUGCCAGCGGUCUGAAGGACAAUCAAGGUUUCGCACCAACCUCACAGCUAAUUCUCAUCCAUCAAAUGCUUAUGUCCAACAUCGAGAAAAUGAAAAGUGUCUCUGGAUCUGAGAAGGAAUCAAGCGAUUUCCCUGCAGAGGAACACAAAAGUUGCUUGCUUUUACCACCGGAGCCGAAACGUAUUGGAGUGCUUGUGAAACCUGUGCUAAAAAGUCGAUCUCACAUAUUUCUAGAAUUUGCCCUGCAGUUGUUAAGCGCUCUGAUAGCCGGUAAACAUUUUGAUCGGAAUGACUCGGAUCAUAUUCAACGAUUGGAUCCCUUCGUUCCGCUAAUCACACAAUGUCUUGAGUUCAAGUAUGAGAAGGUCAUUUCAAAUGCUCUUCGUUGCUUGAAUGGAAUGCUUCAUAUUUCACUGCCUUCAGUUCAGAAUUCAUUAAAAGCAAUAUCAGAGAGACUGUUUUUAUUGUUGUCGGAAUAUUCUGUUCUUGGUAGUGCGGCCAAUAAAGAAUCUGUACUAGCUUUGAAUCAGCUACUCUGCAAAUCGUUUACUCAACUCAUUAUCACGUCAAAGACACCAUUUCUAACUGAGAAACACAUUUCUUUACUGCUGAGCUAUGUGGAAAUUGAUGUGUUGGAUCCUAACAGACAGGCUACUGCAUUUGCCCUCAUUAAAGCACUUGUACGGAACAAAGUUGAACAUUGUCAGAUCGUUGAAGUCAUGAAAAAGCUACGAGAAUUAUCCAUAACUUCCACUUUUCCACAUAUUAGGACUCAAUGUAGAGAGGUGCUUGCUGAGUUUAUUGGGAACCAUCCAUGUUCUGAUGAUCCACAGAAAAGUAUCGAAUGGUUUAUAGCUCAACUAGCUUAUGAACUUGAAGAUGGUCGUCUAAGCGCUGCAGAUAUGUUGAAUGCUCUGUUCUCACGACUUCAACCUGCGAUACUUAAUACCUCAUGUUUCUUCAAUGUUUCUAAAAUGGGCACGAUGUUAUUCAAUGAGGAAAGCGUGAAGUGUAGGCGAUUCAUCGCCGCAGCUCUGAACAAAUUGCUGUCGUCUGUGAGCGACUCAGCCCGUGCUGAUGUGUUUUCCGCUUGUUCGGAUUGGCUUGAGCUGCAAGGAGAAGAACAAGAAGGUGCACGUUCCAUUGCAAUGGAUCUAUUAGCCCAAAUCAGCAAAAUCGAAGGUGACGGGUUUGCUUCCCGUUUCAGGACCGUACUUCCUUCGCUGCGGGAAAUCAUGAAAUCAGAAUCUUUGUGGUCCGAUAACAGUGAACGCACAAUCUCCGGUAUUUGCUAUGGAAUAGCAUCUAUACUGCAAAAUAUUGGUGAAUCGGCACGAGACCUGCUCGUUGCGGAGGAUUUUUGUGUUCUUUUUGAUUCCUUAGAACCUCUGAUGAAAUGCGUCGGUUCCUCCGCUAUUCGCUUGUCUGCUUCGUGUCUCAUAGGACAAUGCCUUAGUAUCUACGAUCCAGAAUUUGUCACUGCUGAACGAUCAUCUCGAUUGAUCACGUGGAGCUGCUGGCAGCUACGUGAUAAACUGUUAACCGAAGAUGUUUCGCUUCAGGCCUCAAAAAUUCUAAUGGUUAUCUCACGUCAUCUAAUUGGAGAGGAGUUCACAUCAUUUGUGGAGAAAUUGGCAGGUAUUUGCCGAUUUGAGAUUUCUCACCAGCCGAAUGCAUCGUUGAAGCGCACAACCUGUUUGAAAAUGGCUGCUGCUUUGGUUCUUCAUGAGGAGGAUUGGUUCAAGGUGGACACAACUGUUGAACACUUCCUUCCUCUGCUAGUUCGUGAAAUGAACAGGAAGUCGUCAAAAGACACGGAAGAGUUGUAUUCGAUAUCUGUGGAAGUUGGCGAAGUAUUCAAGAAGAAACUGGGAGAACAAAUAUACGCUGCAAAACUCGCAGAGUGCCAGAAAUUUGCCAUUCUAAAAACAGAAGAGCGGAAACGAAAAGCUAAGGAAUUGGCGUUGACGAACCCCGAAGAGGCAGCUCUAUUGAAGAGGAAGAAGAAUGCGAAGAAGGCAGUGUCAAGGAAACGGAAGAUUGAUGCGUUGAAGCCGUACCGUGUUUUGAAUCGAGUCCAUGCCGAAAGUAUUCGAGCUCAACGUAAUGACGAUGAUUAG